AUACACGCACUAAAAUUGCAUGUAUACGCUGAUCGAGUGCAUCGUACUGCGGCAGCUAAACGCGUACCGUACGUCGUCGCUCAACGUUGCAACCGGGGAGUUCCCCGUCUGUCAAAGAACGAGUUACGUUGCUAUGCACAAGCGUCCCAUCGACCCUUCCAAAGCCAGAGCCGGAAAGUGUUGUCAACUCGUUCAAUAAUCGGAGGAUCUAGGACUAGAUCUACACCAAUUUGACACUCGAGAGUAGGUUAUCGUAUUCACAAGAUCAACUGCCAGUUAAAAGACAAAAACAAAGAGUGAAGACAAAGGCAAAGUUCAAGGAGACAGAAUGGAAGACGAAGAUGUACCCCCUUUAGAGGACAUGAGUGAGCUGCUGAAGCAAGCCCAGCAACUGCAGGGAAUAAAGGAGAGAAAGGGCUUGGCAUCAUCAUCAUCAGCUUCAUCAUCAUCGUCGUCAUCGCCCCAUGGUUGUAUAAAACCAAAGGAUAAACCCAAGGUUCGGGUAACCCAGGGAGAUACCAAGCAGGGAGACAAGAGCAAGACUCCUCCUACCACGACCAACAAACCAGCUUCUCAAAAAUCCAACUCGUUUGGAGGCCUCAAGAAAGGAUUCCUAUUUGGCUCUGCACCCAAGUCAUCCUCUAAAGCAUCUUCCCAAACUUCUGAACAGCGCCCUCUUAAAGAGCCAUCAACCAAAGGCCAGAUUGCUGCAUCAGGAGACAGACUUGAGGAUAUUCCGCUCAUCAAACCUCAGGGAGAUGGUGCACAGAAUGGAGCGCAGAGGAUCCAGGAGGUUCAGGAUGCACUCAAGGCCAGUGCUCCUCUCCUCGAAAACAAAGACUGGGUAAACGAUGAUCUCCUGUCCAAGUUAGAGAAGCACCCUCGCUUGGCCAGUCAGCUGUCAGAUCCUCGGUUCAGUCAGGCCAUGUCCAUGUUCCAGUCUAACCCUCAGGGCGCCAUGAAGUACUUCCAGGAUAACCCAGAGAUUCAGUCAUUCUUUCAGGACUUCUGUGGAAUUCUAGGGGACCAUUUCUCCACCCUGAGUCCAUCAUCAGCACCCCCACCUACGUCUGCCGCCCCCAAGGUGAGUCCAGUCCAAGAGGUCAAAGUUCAUGAUAGUCCUGGUGCAGACUUGACCGUGUCCAGCAGUACUAACCCCAAGCAGGCAACGGCCAAGGAUGAAGCCAAGAUGAAGGAGAUCAUGGCUGACCCGGAUGUGGUCAAAGCCUUCGGUCACCCACAGACGCCGCUUCUGUUUGAGGCUUUGCAGACGAAUCCAGAUCUAGCUCAAAGGAUGAUGCGCACUGCGGAUGCAGAGUUCAGACAGCACGUCCAAACGCUGGUCAAGAAAGGGCUUCUGGGCUUUGCCAGGUGACAAAACGUACAGCCUGAAUGAUGGAAGUUUGGUUGUAUGUGAAUGUGCCCAUCAACAACCCCAACUGAGUGAAGCAAUAAGUUUAGGGAGUGGGUGAGUCUUCCGAGUUAACAUCUCUUCGACAUGUUUAAAUGUUGGGUGUGCUUGAAAUGCAACAUGUUUGAGAAGCUGAGGAAGAUUGCAGGACUCGACACUAAAACAUGCGCGUUGGGCUCCCAACAUAUACUGUGGACCCCCACAUUCGUGAAGAUUCAGCUGGGGCACCAUGCACUCGGAUGCUAGUAACUUUAAUCUGUGAAAAAUGUCAUUGUGAAGCUCUACAUGUAUGUACCAGAGCUGUCUUGUGAUGAGGUUUGAGACGCUGAAUUCUGUAACUGUGGUAAUUUAUUUCAAAAUCCAGUUAUAAUCUGGUCAUCUGAUAUGCUGUGACUGAUAAAAAUUGCUGUAUGUGAAAAUCCGUCCAUACAGGUUCGUUCAUUCUACUUGCUUCUUAAUGUAUUAAAAUAAUAAAGGAGUAUAUUAUUUCAGACAAUAGAUGUACUGUGUCACCACUGGGUAAAUAAAUGAUUUAUUCAGUAAAAACAUCUGCAAUAUAAUACAGUACAACACACAAACAAGAGCAAAUAUAAAUUAGGUCUGUUCCUAACAUACAGAUAUACACAAUGAGUACUUAAAUACAGGUUUACAAACAUGUAUAGAACUAAAUCAAAUUUUCUAUGUACAGACAAUAUUGAAUUCUUUAACUUGAGUUUGAGCCAAGAUACAUUCACAGAGAGUAGCAUUAAUAUAAUGAUUAAUAUCCCAGAUCUUGACUUUAAUCAAGGAAUGAAAAUUCAAACUAUGUAUACACAUGUAUAUUUGCCAGGCUAGAUUUCAACCAUUAUCUUUUUGGGCCAUUGUAGCCUUGAGUCAACAGUGAGAUUUCUCUAUUUACAUGUACACGUACAUAGUCUUUAAAACACAAAAAGAGUUCUCUGUGAGUGGUCAAAGUUUUUGUUAAAACAAAAUCUGUAAUUUGUUGUAAACUGCCCUGAGACAGCGCCAAACAAAUCUAUCUUCAUAAUGACUACUGGGAUGAAAUGUGGGACACCCCAAUGGCCUGAAUGUUUUCUAUACUUCCAUAAGCUACUGAUAUGUUUCAAAUUUGUACAUGCAAGAGCAUAGUCCAUGGGGGUGUUUGACAAAGGCUUUUUUUAAUGACAAAUGACAAAAAUUAGUGACAAAUCUGCUGAUAACGAACCAGAGCAAGG